GCGGUGCUGAGUAGUAAGAAGUUGACGGUGUUUACAACAUGGUUAAAGUAGAGGUGGCACCGCUCAGACAGUGGGAUGAUUUCUUCCCUCGACCUGAACGCUUUGCUAGCCCAGACUAUAGCGAUUUAUUUAAAUGGAAUAACAGAGUGGUCAGCAACCUGCUGUACUAUCAAACCAACUAUCUAGCGAUGGCAAUCGUCGUGUUUUUAAUAGUCGGGUUCCUGAACCCCACUGGCAUGAUCACUGGAGUGGUUGUAGUUGUAGCAGCGUUUCAUGGUGCUGUGUGGGCUGGAGAGAAUAAAGCCACAAUCAAGAACUUUAAGAAGGAGUACCCUACCCUGUUUGUCUUUUUAAUAAUGCUUGCCAGCUACCUGCUGAUGUCGCUCUUUCAUGGAGUCAUGGUGUUUCUGUUUGGGAUCAAUCUUCCACUCAUCUUGAUCUUCGCUCACUCCUCGCUGCGUCUGCGCAACAUGAAGAAUAAACUGGGGAAUAAAAUGGAAUGUGCUGGGCUGAAGAAAACACCCAUGGGGAUCUUUCUGGAAGCACUGGGACAACAGGAGGAGAACCUGAGCAAAAUUCAGGACUUCAUGGAGUACAAACUCAAGGAGUGAUAGCAAAGUCAAUUUGCACGGAGUAAAUCCAGGUGUACUGAAUUAUCCAAAAUGUGUGAAGGAAUGCUUAGUCGUGACUUAGACGUUUAAUGUUUGAUCUCAGAGAAUCAUAGUGAAAUGUUACAAAGCAGAAGGUUUAUUAUGGUGUCUACAGUAAAAUUUUGCACAGCCUUAUAAAUUGUAAGGUACUGGACGUUCAGAAUGUGAUGCUAGCAUGCAGUGACAAUGUUCUUCCUCUGAAUGUGCACAAUGUUGUGAAAAAAGCCUUAAGACAGACUUGUAGCAAUAGUUCUCCUGACCAGGAGAUUUUUAGAUUCUGAUGUGAAAGCAGCGGUGCAUCAGGGGCUACGAGCUUAACCGAAAACAUUUUUUGCUGAUUAAAAAGUUGGUCUUGAGCGCCUAGGUGGUGCAGCGUAUAUUCCGCUAGCACACCAGCACAGAGAUUCUGAACUCUUUGGUUCGAAACUCGGUGUUGCCACUGGUCAGCUGGGUGUCAUCUAGUGGGCAAAAUUGGCAGUGCCUGCAGGGAGGGAUACCCGGAAUAUGUAGCACUGUAAGGACCCUGAUUGGCGGAUAGAGGCGCCUGUGCAGAGUGCAUGGGUUGAAAAAGGAUUCCGUUAAGAGCUAAGUGCAGGUUGGAUUAGGUGUGAGCAGCGAUAUACCCCUCUCAACUGCAAAAUAUCGGGGAUCCCCAGCAGCAGAAGAAAAAUUUACUACACUAACUUGGCAUAAAAUAUAUAUACAUACAGACAUACAGACAGAUAGAUAGAAAAUGGCAAGCCAAACAGGAAAUACAUAGCAAACACUGAUAUAUAUAGAAUGUAAACCGAUAUAUAUAUAUAUAAAAUUAAACUGAUAUAUAUAGAAUAAAAACAUAUAUAUGGAAUGAAUAAUGAUAUAUUUGUUUUUAUUUUAUAUAUAUCAGUUUUCAUUAUAUAUAUAUAUAUAUCAAGUUUCCUUGAGGAAGGUGGCUAUGUAGAAAAGUGAUGUCAUUUCUUUUUGAAAUUCCUUAUAAAUACAAUUUAAAAAGUGCCGAACUUUUUUGAAGAACCCUCGUACAUUCUGUUUUGAUGUGUACACUUGAACAAAUCAUAGACAGCAGCAUUCCUUCAUUUAAAGAAGGUCAUUACCAUCAAAUAUCAGGCUCUAUGACACUUUGCUGCUCUUUUAUAAUAACAGACACAGCCAAUGUGCUACUUUAUUUAGUUUUGUCAAGGCUUUGGCAACUGGGAUUUUAGAAACAAUGUCUUAAUUUGUAGCAUUAUAUUCUUAACAAACGUGCUUUAAUGUUAUCUUAGCCAAUCAUGAGAGAUGUGUGUGUGUACGUGUGUGUGUCAUGGAUUGAGUGGACACAAUUAGGUUGCUUGUUAUGAGUAAGCAAACCAGGAUUAAAUGUUCUCAUUGUCCUCACUUGUCUUUGCUGGCAUAAAUAAAGCUUUAAAAAUAUUGAA